UUUCGUAGCGCUGCUGUUGAAAUGACUUAAAAUUGUGCGGAAGUGGGCUUGAUUACCGCGUUUUGGGCUGGCUCCAUGGCUCUCAAGGCUUACUUAUCCGUUGAGAAGGAUGUUCUCCUUCCUGCAGUGCUUGGUCUGAUAGUGGUCGCCAUCACUGUCGUUACACUCUACGUGCUCAGAAGGAAGAAGAUUGCAGGGUCAGGACCGGGGGGCACAGAGUACGUGACCAGCAUAGACGGCCAGACAGUCAGGAGAUCUACCAGGUCGCGAAAGUCAGUUGCAAGGUGGAGCCCCGACGAUUUAGCGUCUCCAACAGGCUAUGGUACCCCAAAAACUGCAAAACCAGCUGAGAAGGAGAAGGAGCCUAAAACUCCAGUGUCUGUGAAGAGCGUCAAGAAAGAGGUUGCUGCGAUUGCGAAUGACGUUGCUACACCAGUAGUAGAAGCAGUCAUAAAGCGGGGGCCUGGCCGGCCGCCCAAAACCCCGGGGGCUCCCAAGACCCCUGCAGCGGCGAAAACCCCCGCGCCGCCCGCAAGCCCGCGGCGCACCAGGCUUCGGUCGACGCCCGCCAAGUGAUGCGCCGAGCUGCUCCGCAGCCGCCACACUGCUGCCAGCGCUUAGAAGGCAGCACAGAUUACUGGGCUGGUCAAGCGCCCCUGUACCUGUGCCUUAGCACGCAGACACACUUGCCAGGUGGAGAGGGGUGCAGGGAGACAGAGGUCCGCAGCAGCAGGCAGUCUUGUAGCAGCACAGCCCAGCAGGGAGGCACAUCUUUGUUGGCUGUUCUUCCACAGUUUUGUGGGGAAGUGGACAGAGCACAGUGCAGCUGUCCAUGGCAGUGGGGAGGGGUGGGUUGAAGUGUGUGACUGCAAAACUGGAGCUGGGUUGAGGCAGGGUGAGCACAGCAGAGCCGCUUGCACUAGCAGCUGCAAGUAGCUCCACACUGCUGGAUUCUUGCACUUUCUGUGCCAAGUAUGAAAUAUCUUUGUUGGCAGCAGAGACGGAUUUAAUGACAUGACUCCUGACAGCUGUGAAAAGAAAACUGCAUGUGCACAUUCUUGAACGUUGCUUUUACUGUCCGGCAGUCGUUUCACUAUUUGAUUUGACGCUGCCUCUUGUUGAAAGCGUUGAGUGGCUCUUGCUGGCCGAGCUUUGGCUGCUUGUAUCGAGGAGUUCCGUUGCCAGUGCAUGCAAUGUUCUGUGAGAGGACACUCAACUUUUGUACAGGACAGGGAAUGUAUGCCGCCAAACUGACUCCCAUUUAUAGCACGGCAUGUAAAAUGUUUGCAAUA